AUGGCAUUGCAAAUUGUGAAACGACUUGCUCGUAGCCGACUUGGUGGGAUCUACUCCUCCUCCUUUCCAAACCCUACCCUUUUCAAUCGGAGCUUCUCCUCCGAAUCCAAUCUGAUCCGCGCUACUCUCUUCCCCGGCGAUGGUAUCGGGCCUGAAAUCGCUGAAUCCGUGAAACAGGUAUUCAGAAUUGCUGGUGUGCCGAUUGAGUUGGAAGAACGCUGUGUGGGGACAGAGAUAUAUCCAAGAACCCAAAGUUUUUUAACAUGGGAAAGUCUUGAAUCUGUGCGACAAAACAAGGUUGGUUUGAAAGGGCCAAUGGCCACACCAAUUGGGAAAGGCCAUCGCUCUCUUAAUCAUACCUUGAGGAAGGAACUCACUCUAUAUGCCAAUGUUAGGCCCUGCUAUAGCCUACCAGGGUACAAAACUAAGUACCAAAAGAUCUAA